AUGCCCUCCGCCACCGCUUCGGCAUCUGCGGCACAUGCCUCGUCCACUUCGACGGCGAGCAAAACCACAACAGCAGCGCCCCCUGAACUAGAUGCUGAACCUUUCUUCCGCGAGAUAGACAUCAUCCUCAUCGGUGUCGCUGGCUUCUUCAUUCUUCUAGCGUUGCCCAGAGCAAUCGCCCGUUUCAAGCACCUCUCCGAGUGGUUUGCUGGAUGUUUCUUCCGUUCAGUCCAGCUUGAAGGUUCUUCUCGUCGCCCACGCAGAGCUAGAAGCAAUGGCUCCUCCUUCCAGGAGAAGCCCGCUGACGCGAACGCCGAGGAGCAGUCGAUCUCCGUCUACUCGAACGUCGACCUCACGUUCUCUCCCGAUCUCGAGUCGCCAAAAAAUCCGCCGCCGUACAUACCUGCGUGGACCUCCAUCUUCCCGACUGUCAACGGUAUCCUCGAGACGAAGAUCAGGCCUGGAUACUCGCUGUGGAAGGUCCUCCUCAUGGUUGGGUACAUGGUGGCGAUGAUGUACGCGGCAUUGUUCGAAGUGAACUUGUUCACGAGUCCGGCGCGUCUUGGCUUCCUCCCCGUCAGCCAGCUGCCCAUUAUCUAUAUCAUGGCCACAAAGAACAACGUCUUCGGGGCGCUCAUCGGACAAGGAUACGAGAAGUUGAACUGGAUUCACCGCUACGUUGGCCGCGUCGCAGUCUUGGCGAUCAAUCUGCAUGCGCUGGCAUAUUUCGCCAAAUGGGCCAACGAGCCUGGAGGUGUCGCCGCGCACAUGGAGACCAACCACGUAUGGGGCUGCGUCGCCAUGGGCUGCAUGGAUAUCCUGUGGCUUUUCUCCAUUAGUGCUGUGCGGCAGAUGUACUACCACUUGUUCUUCGUGACGCAUUCCAUCGCUGCUGUCGUUCUGCUCAUUGCUGUGUGUUACCACGAGGACUUCGCCAUUCCCUACGUUGCAAUCGUUGCGGCCUUCUACGGACUCGACCGUGUCCUGCGAUUGGUUCAGACGCGCAUCGUGAACGCCGAGCUUCGCCCGAUCCCGGAGCUCGGAAUGACGCGCAUUGAGAUUCCUUCCGUCAACGCUGGAUGGCGCGCAGGUCAGCAUGUUCGCAUCCGUGUCCUGUCCUCGGGCAUGGGCCUUCUGGGCUGGAUGGAGAGUCACCCGUUCACUAUCGCCAGCGUUAGCAAGCACCCCAACGAAGAAGGCCUCGUUCUCAUGGUCAAGAAGGCAGGAGAUUGGACUGCCAAGCUGUUCGACGUCGCCCAGCGCACGGAGUAUCGCGAAGUAGGCGGCCCAACCCGGAACAUCAAGGUUAUGCUCAAUGGGCCUUACGGUGGACCGGGGCACGCGAUUGUCACCAGCUUCUCGGGCGCCAUGCUCGUCGCUGGCGGUAGUGGAAUUACCUACGCGCUGUCGACGGUACAGGAACUCGUCUCCAAGGGCGCAGAGGGUGCGAGUCGCACGCGCGUCGUCGAGCUCGUCUGGUGCAUCACCGACCCAUCUGCACUGGUCCCCUUCCUCCCGAUCUUCAGCACCAUGCUCGACGAGACGCGGGGCACGUACACGUCCCUGCACAUCUCGGUGCACUACACGCGGGCGAUUGUCUCCGACGAGGCGAUGAAGAUGUUCGAGCGGCUCCCGCUGGGGGUGACACUCACACCCGGCCGUCCGCGCCUGCAGAAGGCCCUCGAGGGUGUUGUGGACCGCACUGCGGCGUCACGCGGCGUGGAGGACCGUCUCACGGGUGUCGUCGUAGGUGUGUGCGGGCCCAUGGCGCUGGGAGAGCAGGUCGGCCAGGUCGUCCGGAGGUUGGACAGCGAGAGGCGGAGUGCUGUCAACGGCGUGGAACUGCAUGAGGAGUAA